GAAGCACGCGGAGCUUCAGUCUGCCCCUGCUUCUCACGCUGACCUGUCUCCAGCCGAAUAAAGUCGACCCGCAGUCCCGGCAUCCCGAAGAAUUUUUUUCAAAAGUUCAAAAUUAUCACAGCCAACACUUCUUAUCCGUCCCACCCGUACAACUACUGACUCAUCGGCGAUCGGAAGAGGACCUCGAAAUAGAAUGUUUUUUCGUUCCGUCCUCAUACUCGGUGUAGUAUUUACAUCCGCACUUGGAGAAAAAUCGCCUAACGGCGAUGCUGUGCCGGUCAAACGAGCCCCCAUGGGAUUUCAGGGUAUGCGAGGAAAGAAGGACCUUCUGACCUCAGCAGCGUCGGAAAACCACGAUGAUUAUUCCAAACGAGCGCCAAUGGGAUUUCAGCUCGACAACUUUAUUCAAGAGGACUACGAUAAGAGGGCGAGAAUGGGAUUCCAGGGUAUGCGUGGAAAGAAGGCAAUCAGUGACGAUGAACUUUACAAAAGGGCCCCAAUGGGAUUUCAAGGAAUGAGGGGAAAAAAAUCCAUGGAAGAGGUCAUGGAGGAGAUUGAAAAACGCGCGCCGAUGGGAUUUCAGGGAAUGAGAGGGAAAAAAACUUACCUAUCUUCUCUGGAAUACCCCGACGAUUAUGAGAAACGGGCUAUGAUGAUGGGCUUCCAGGGCAUGCGGGGUAAAAAGGACGAAGUUGAUUCAGACUGGGACAAACGUGCUCCCAUGGGAUUCCAAGGUAUGCGUGGUAAGAAGAGCCUUCAGGACGAAAUCGAGGAACUAGAAAAACGUGCCGUCAUGGGGUUUCAGGGGAUGAGAGGAAAAAAGGACAGUAGCGGUGGUGGCGGCGGUUUGAGUAGCCUAGAAAAUUUUCUUGAAGAAUACGAGAAGCGGGCUCCGAUGGGAUUCCAUGGAAUGCGGGGUAAAAAAGCGGCCGAAGAGUACGACUGGGAUAAAAGAGCCCCUAUGGGGUUCCAAGGAAUGCGGGGAAAGAAGGACCUACAUAUAUUGCAAGAUGAAGAUACUUCAGACACUUCUGCUUACGGAGUUAACACCGACUUUGAUAAAAGAGCGCCUAUGGGGUUCCAAGGAAUGCGGGGUAAGAAAGAUGACGAUCGCGUUAUAAUACCAAAGGAUUAUAUUGUCGGACAACAAUUUGAAAAACGAUCACCAGCUUUCGGUUUCUUUGGUACACGUGGGAAAAAAAAUCCUAGAUGGGAAAUAAGAGGUAAAUUCGUUGGUGUUAGAGGGAAAAAAUGGUUACCGGAAACAUUGCAUCGUCCCGUUGAUAAUAACGAUCAUCAGGACCUAAACGGAAGUGAUGAGUUAAUCAACGAAAUCGAAAGGAUCGAUAAUAAAUCGCAAAUAUCGCCCACGCUAGGUAACUUAGAUAUCCUGCAGUAGUUUUCUCAUAGACCGUUAGUAUUCAACUUUCCCCUCUGCAUCCGAACUAAGAAAAAAGUAACGAGGGAUAAGGGAAAAAGAGAAGAGAUCAUUUGAAAACGGUAGCCAACUUAUUUUUUUAUUACUAAUAUUAUUAACGUUAUUAUUAUUAUUAUUAUUAUUAUUAUUAUUAUUGUCAUUACUUUAUUGACCAAUAUGCUGAAGUAUGAUGAUAUAUACGCAUUCCUACAUAUAUAUAGUGUGCAUUUAAAGGCAUAUAUGUAACUGUGUGUCUAUGUAUAAUGAAAAAGCCUACGUCAGUAUUAAUAUUACUGUGAACCCGAAUAAUAAAAGAAAAAAAGAAAGGAAAAAGAAUUAUAUAGAUCUCUAUAAAUAUGUACAAUAAAUAUAUAUCUUUGAAGAGAAAAAUAGAAGAAAAUAUUACGUUGCGUAGAUACGAUGAACACAUUAUUUGUAUGAAAAAACCAAAAAAAAAAAAAUUCUCAAAGGAAGGACACGAAAGAAUUGUAUUGCGGACGAUGGUGAUAAUUUAUCAUUUUGUACCACGAGUACGAUGAUUAACUGAUGAUUAAUUAAUUGAUGAUUAAUUUGCACACGUUUGUAUUGAAAAUUAGGUUGAUUUUCGAGUCUAAAUCUGAAUCUAUUAGAAUGAAAAAUAAAUAAAGAGAAAGACUACCACCUUUGACCUUCGUACAUUACCUAUAUACAGUACAUAUCCUAUAUGUAUACGUGAAGAAUUAUUUUAUUACUGUUAUUAUUAGGAUUAUUAAAUUACCGAUGAAGAGACGUGCCAUACUAUGAACGAUAUUAGGUAAAGGAUGAAAAAUUGAAAUUGAAUAAUUUGUCAGAAGAAUUUUGCAAUAUCAUUUUCCAACAGAAUUGGAGACGAUCGAUUUUUUUCUCGUUCAACUUAACGUUGUACGGUCAAGAUAAUUAUACCCUGUUAAACUUUUGAGUUUUUGAGUUACUCAAUUUUUUAUGCAUACCUGUUGUGAACGUUCACUUGUAACAGUAUCGUAAAACUUAGCCCCAGGCUGGAAGAGGAACAAUAUUUAUUAUCAUUAUAAUUUAUUUGAUCUAAAAAAUCCAUCUCUAAAUAAAUCGUCCUUGUAAUCCUAAAUCCUAAAUAUCUUCGACAAAACUAUUUAAGCUACUCAUUGGGUACCUUGUAACUAAUUAUUAUUGUUAAUGUUACAAUUAUUGUUAUUAUCAUAGGUAUUAAAGACAUAUAUAUGUGUGCUAUGAAGAAUAUCUAUCGUACAUCUAUAUUAUAACUGAAAAAUUUCCUAUUAUAUAUGAAAAGAAAUUAGAUAAUCUUCUUCAGAGAUCGCAGCUGCACCAAUCUAAUCGCACUAAAUUUAAAUGAUUCUUCUACUAAUCUUCACUCUUUCUCUAUACAUAUUGCGAUUUCUAUGAACUUCUAUCUUUAAUAAACUCAUUGUAAUUUUGUCGAUGUAACAAUCGUUGUGGAAUAGCUGUUGUUAAAUUACUGUUGUAGUAAAUAUCAAUUAUUGUAAAUUAUGUAAAAUAAUUACAGUUAUUUCAGUAGGAAUUGUCUUCUCUCGGUAGAUAAAAAUAUCUACCACUUCGAUGCGCAAACUUAUUGCAGAAUUCUAUCUGCUUCCUUAAUUUCGUCUCUUCGUUCUAACGACACGAAACUAGACGUUUCAGUUCUGAUUGUUAGGGUAUGCGAUGAAAGAAUAAAUUAGCAAGAGAUUUUUAGGAAUUACCAGAACGUAUGAGGCUUGCUUCCUCUUUUAAAUGAGAGGGGAUACGUAACGGUAAUUCAGAUAUAAUAUUUUUUUUUCUUUUUUUUUUCUGUUAAAACAUGAAUUAACUAUAAAUAUCUUUUAAGAUCGAAUCGUAUCAUGGUAUGGCACUGCAGAGUGAUGAAUAAAUUACUGCAUAUUGUUCGAACCGAAUGAUUAUUUAUUGAUAAAAAAAUUAUCGAACGAUCUAUUGAAAAAAAAAAACCAAAGUACACAAAAUUAUUAUAAUUACUUUGACGCAUGCAUUGUAUAUAUGUAUAUGGAUAUAUACGUGAUAAUAAUUACGGUAAAGUAACGAAGGUAAAUAAUAAUUUCAUCAUUGUUUGCAAAUAUAUGAAACAUUAAUACAUGAAGAAGAAGAGAAGAAGAAUAAAGUAA